AUGGAUAAUGACUUUAAUGUAACAUAUAUAACUUUUGAUGGACAUGUGGAAGUGCAGAAAUACAGAUUUAUCUAUUUUGUGAUCAUAUUUACAGCAUAUAUUCUUGUAAUUUGCAGUAAUUCUACCAUUGUGUGCAUCAUAGUGAUUAACAAAUCCCUCCAUGAGCCUAUGUACAUUUUCAUUGCAGCUUUGUUAAUCAACUCUGUUCUUUUCAGCACUGCUAUCUAUCCAAAGCUUUUGAUUGACUUUUUAUCUAAACGACAGAUCAUAUCUUAUUCAGGCUGUCUCUUUCAAUGGUUUAUAUAUUACACUCUAGCCUGUUCAGAGUUCUUGCUGUUGUCAGUCAUGGCCUAUGACAGAUAUGUGUCUAUUUGUAAACCACUGCAAUAUCACACUAUCAUGAGAAAAAAAACAGUUUAUAUUUUCCUGAUUUUAGCUUGGCUUCUACCUGCUUGUCAGAUAUCGGUUGGACCGUUGCUGAUUGCUAAUAAAAAACUCUGUUACUUUAUUUUGAAAGGAAUAAUCUGCAACAGCACAGUUAACAAACUUCAAUGUGUUCCUUCAGCAGUGCUGAAUAUAUAUGGCUUGAUUGUUUUAGUAAUUACAGUACUGCUCCCUGUACUCUUCAUACUCUUUACAUACACCAGGAUAUUUAUAGUAACCUAUCAAAGUAGUAGAGAAGUCAGGAGAAAAGCUGCACAGACCUGUCUACCCCACCUGUUGGUUCUGAUCAACCUUUCCUGUUUGAGUACAUAUGAUGUACUUCUACCUCGACUGGAAACAAAUUUUUCCAAUACUGUACGUUUAACAAUGUCUUUACAACUAGUAAUAUAUCAUCCUCUCUUUAACCCAAUCAUGUAUGGUCUGAAAAUGAAAGAAAUUUAUAAACACCUUAAGAGGUUAUUGAUAUAUUCACACAGACUUGGGUCACGCUGCCGGAGAAAGGCUGUGCGCUGGCCCCUCGGCGUGUUCUGCAACAUCCUCGACGAGUUUGCCUACAAUGUCUUCGUUGUGUGGCGGGAGCUCAGGCCGAAGUGGCUGCGCGGCAAGCUCAACAUGAGGAUGGUGUUCCUCGAGCAGCUGGGAAGGACGCUCGUCACGCUGCUCAUUGAGAGGCGGGAGCGUCUCCCUCAAACGGAAGCCAUGAGGGCGAAACGCGCCUUGAGCUCGGAAGACAACUCGAAGAGAGGCCGGAGACGCCGCAGGGCCGAGAGGCGCCGGCAAAAGGAAGAGGUGUGA